AUGGCCGAAGAGAAAAUAAAAUUAAAAAGAAAAUUGGGAUUAGCGCAUGGUAUGGCCAUCAUCAUAGGGCUGGUGGUUGGAGGGGGCAUCUACAUCACCCCACAGGGGGUCCUCAUGCAUGCGGGUUCUCCUGGCCUUACAUUAAUUAUUUGGAUUAUUGGCGGCAUUCACAGUUUGUUUGGUGCUCUUUGCUACGCUGAACUCGGAGUUAAUUUUCCAUCGGCUGGUGCAGAAUAUGCUUAUUUGUCAGAAAUGUACAGCCCGUAUUUUGGAUUCAUGCAACUCUCAAUUUAUCUUCUACUCUUAAGACCUGGUAGUAAUUCGUUCAAAGCAGUAUUGCUUGGAAGGUACAUUUUGAAACCUCUCUAUCCAGAUUGUCAAGUACCUACCAAAGCUGUAUUAUGUGUCGCUAGUUUUAUGACAAUGUCCAUGUGUGCUUUAAACUACAGAAGUGUUAAAUUUUCAGCAAGAGGUCAGAGCUUCAUGACGAGUAUUACGAUCACCACCUUGUUAUGUAUAAUUGCAUCUGGGAUAUAUUUCGUAGUUAAGGGUGAUGUUGAAAAUUUGAGCGAGCCAUUCCAUCAUUCAGCCACCAGCGUCGGAGAUAUCGUCAUGUCCUUCUACUCGACUGUCUUUGCUUACUCAGGCUGGAAUGCACUCAACGUUCUCGUCGAAGAAGUCAAAAAUCCAAAAAGAACGCUUCCAAUAUCGAUCGUAGUGAGCAGUCUGACGUUGACGAUUUUGUACACGCUGGUCAACUAUUCUUACUUGGUGGUCUUAGGGAAGGAAGGAGUACUCAAGUCGGACGCUGUUGCUGUGAGCGUGGGGUUGAGAGUAUGGACUCCACUGGCCUGGGUCAUGUCCCUCUGCAUUGCAGUGACAGCAUGUGCCAGUUUCAACUCAGGCAUCCUUGUGGGAUCACGCGUUGCAUUUGCCGGGGCAAGGGCGGGCCAUUUGCCAGAGAUGAUAUCUUACGUCAGCCUUUCCUAUUUCACUCCUGUCAUUUCUGUUAUCGCCCAGGGCAUACUUAUCCUGGUGUUCAUUUGGUUUGUCACGUUGGACUCCAUAAUUAAGAACCUGACAUUUUGCUACGCCAUCUGCGAGCUCAUCGUCAUUCUCGGUCUUGUACGUAUCAGGCUGAAGGAGAGAAAAAAUCUAGAUGUUUAUAAGGAUAAAUUGAAGAUGCCGUUGUUCGUCCUCCUAAUAUACGCCGUGUCUCUCACCAUCAUAACGAUAGUACCAUUGGUAGCAAAUUUUCAGGCGUCUGCUCUGAUUUUCGUCAUCGUUGUUUUGGUGGCUUCUGCGUUCUAUGCCGCGUUUGUACUCUGGCGCCCAGAUUUCGUUACUAAAAAUAAUGCUAUUGACGGGAUGAACAACUUUGUCCAGAAAUUAUUUUUCUGCGCGCCGGGUGGCAAGAACGAAUUAACAAAUAAAAUUUUGGAAGAUUGAUGGCUUCUCUAAAACUUUCCAUGCUACGUUCACUUGUCAAUUUUUCAUUAAAUUAGUUUUAACAAUUUUUUAAUGAUUGGUAGAAAAUUAUUUAAAUCAUAAUUUUUAGCAUUGCUGAGUUGAGUGUCUGGCAUGCAUGUGUAGUAUCAAUGUAGUAUGAAUGACUUCAUGUCCGCGUGUCAUGUUUCUUAUCAUAUUUCUAUUUUCUCAACUUGUUGAAUGAUGAUGGUUACAUUUAGAAAACAUGUAGUUCGUUCAUCCGAUAUAACAAACAUUUCUUAGUGUGUGUAUUGUGAAAUUGUAAAUUUCUUUACGAACAUAUAUAAGAUUUACGUCGUAAUUUUGCCAUACACAUGUAUAUAUGUAUAUUAUGUUGGAAGGAGACCAUAAUUUAGACACUAUUGUAUGAAUUAUACUGAAUUGUUGGCAUUAUUCAAUUUAAACUUAAAUUGAUUAAUGGCCACAAUUCGAUAGAAAUCAUACAAUACUGCAGAUAUAUAUUAAAUUAUAUAAUAUCUAUUCUGAACAUGAAGGAACCGAAAUUAGAGGCUAAAAAGUGAAUUUGAAAUGCAGAUAGAAAUCUUGACUAGUAUUUUUAUAAAUUGUUUAAUUUUUCUCGUAAAUUAUUUACUUGCUGCUAGACGACGAACGCCGUUAUAUAACUUUUGACUGGUUGGUUGGUUCUACAGUAUUGUUUUUUUAUGAAAACGUAUUAAUUAAUUACUAAUUAAUUUAUGAAAUCUUACUAAUUAGUUUUAUACAUUGA